GGUGCCUCUGCCCGACCCCUGGGCCCCCGCCAUGGCAGGGGAGAGCUUCCCCUUCACCCCCUCCACGCUGCGCGCUCUCCGCCUGCAGCGGGAGUGGCUGGAAUGGGAGGACCGGCGACGGGCUGCUGCCCAGCGGUGCCGCAGCCACAGGCACCCCUCAAGUCCCCGGGCCCGACUCACUAGGCCUCGCCGCUCCUGCCGAGACCCAGCCGUCCACAGUGUCCUGUUCUCCGGCGACCUGCAGCAGGUCCAAGCCCUGUUCCGCGACGAGGAGGCCGCCAACAUGAUCGUGGAGACUGCGAGCAACCAGCUGGCCUGGUCCAGCGAACAGGGAUUCUGGGUGUUAACCCCCAAGACCAAGCAGACGGCACCCCUCACCAUCGCUGCGGCCCGAGGCUACACGGACUGCGCCCGCCACCUGAUUCUGCAAGGGGCUGAGCUGGACGCCCGGGUCGGCGGCCGGGCUGCUUUGCAUGAGGCCUGUGCCCGAGCCCAGCUCGACUGUGUGCGGCUCCUGCUGAACUUCGGCGCCAAGGCUAACGUGCUGUCCGAGGAGGGCACAGCCCCGCUGCACCUCUGCACGGCCCCCGAGUCCUUACAGUGUGCCAAGCUGCUGCUGGAGGCAGGAGCGACUGUGAACCUGGCGGCGCGGGAGACCGAGAUGACGCCCCUGCACGUGGCCGCGGCGCGGGGUCUGGAGAAGCACGUGGCUCUCUACCUGGAGCGUGGCGCCGACGUGGGCCUGCGCACCAGCCAGGGCGAGACGGCGCUGAACGCCGCGUGCGCCGGCGCCGAGGGCCCGGGCAGCAGCAGGCAGCACGAGGCCGCCGCACGGCGCCUCCUGGAGGCCGGGGCGGACCCCAGGGCGGCCGGGCGCAAGCAGCACACGCCGCUGCACAACGCCUGUGCCAACGGCUGCGGGGGCCUGGCAGAGCUGCUGCUUCGCCACGGGGCCUGCGCGAGAGCCCCCAACGGAGCGGGCCACACACCCAUGGACUGCGCGCUGCAGGCCGUACAGGAUGCGCCCAACUGGGAACCCGAGGUCCUCUUCGCGGCGCUGCUGGACUACGGGGCCCAGCCUGUGCGCCCCGAGAUGCUGAAACACUGUGCCAACUUCCCUCGGGCCCUGGAAGUCCUGCUCAAUGCUUACCCGUGCGUCCCGUCCUGUGACAGCUGGGUGAAGGCGGUGCUCCCGGAGCUCUGGCAGGAGCACGAAGCCUUCUACAGCUCGGCCCUGCGCAUGGUGAACCAGCCGCGGCGGCUGCAGCACCUGGCCCGGCUGGCUGUGCGGGCCCAGCUUGGGGGCCACUGCCGCCAGGCUGCCUCCCGGCUCCCACUGCCGCCGCUCCUCAGAGACUACCUGCUGCUGCGAGUGGAGGGUCGCAUCCAGUGAGCCCUGU